UACGAUUUUUAUAAUAAAAAUAGACAAAUGAACAUUUUCCUAUUUAAUAUUCUCAUUGAAGUGAUAUUUAUUAAAAUGAAUUCAAUUGUAAUUAAAUUUUUUUUAACUUCAUCAUUUAUUUUCAGUUUGAAUGCUAUGUUUAAUCUAACCCUAUUCGGUAAAGAUCCUUUUUCAGAAAAUUUACACAAUGUUAAUAAAACCAUCACUUUCAUCGGUCUUAACAGAACCGAUAUAAUAUUGUUUACAAAAGAUUUUUUUCAUUAUCUUAUUAAACUCAACGAAUUCGACACAAACCAUGAUUGUUUUAAUUUUACUAAUUCAUCAUUUGAAAUUCAAAAUAAUUUUCCUUCAUUAACCACUGAUUACCGAUUCCAUCUUAUCAAGCAACAUAAAACUUAUGCAUUUACAAUAAUUGAUUCUUAUGAUGAAUGGCUUUGUGUGGUUCCGGAUAAUCCUGGAAAUGAAAUGCCUGGACUUAAUUAUGCUAUUAAAUCUGAUCGUUUAUUAAUAGGCUGGAAAUUCAAUACCUAUAAUAAUGAGAUAAUUAUAUCAUCAAUUAAACCAUGUUAUUUUUAUUCAAUUCGUCGUUUUUCAUUACCUAAUGAACAAUAUUUGAUUCAAAUGGCCCCAUUCGCAUGUGAUAGUGGAUUCGUUGCUAAUAGUACCGAACGUAUUAUUAUAAAAGAUUUUCAAAAUUUCUGCUUUGACAAUGAUGAACAUCAAGAAAUUUCACUUAGAAAGGAACCAUGUAAUGAUCCUGUCCAAUUUGAUAUAAUCUAUGGGCUUAAUGUGGGAGGAAAAUUUUAUCUAUUUAGUAAUACAUAUGUUUAUUCAUUUGAUGAAACUGUAUUAUCUGAUUCAAACGAUAUACAGCAAAAAUCAGUAAUGUUUAAAAAUCAAACAUAUUCAUCUUUUUUCAAAUGUGAAGUAAUAACGACAAUUCCACCGGUUACGAUUGAACCUCAUAAUAACUUAAUCUAUUGGAUUAUAGCAGUUAUCAUAUUUCUUUUGAUUAUUUUUACAUGCGUUUUAUGUUGUAUUAUGUAUCUUAAACGGAAAAUUGAUAAUUCAAAUCAAAUUCUAACACGAAGCCGUUAUAUUCAAUCUAAAAUAUCUGUAAAAACUAUUGAUGAACAAUCAAUUACUGCCGUUUCAUCUUCAAGUAAGAAAAAAAUCAAAAGCCAAUUGGCCAGGGUUGAAAAAAGUGAUUCUACUUUAAAACCUAAAGGCUCAUUUAUAAGGAAUAGAUCAAAAUCGAUUGCUGUGUGCACAAAAUUGGCCAAAUCUCAAUCACAAAUACUCAAAACAAAAUCCGAAAUUCCAAAAGAAAUGGUCCCAUAAUUUUCA